CCUGCAAAGGCUGAUCCCAGGGGAUGCUCCCACCCAGGUCCUGGGUUUGCAGCAGUGCAGGAACUGGCUUAGAUGAAACGCAACUCUUAAACUGACCAAAAGAAAAGCAAUGAGGCUGUUCUCUCCAGGGAGACCUUUAAUCACUUUUCAGCAGAUAAAAGGACUACAAAACGACUGGAGGGGGACUUGGCACAAGGGCCUGGCAUGGGAAUGGCUUCACACUGAGAGAGGGGAGAGUUAUGUGGGAUAUUGGGAAGAAACUCUUCCCUGUCAGCAUGGUGAUGCCUUGACAAAGACUGCCCUGUUCCUGGAAGUGUCCGAGACCAGGUUAGAUGGAGCUGGCAGCAACCUGGUCUAGCAGAAAUGGUUCCUUUAUCUCUCCCUGACAGGGGGUGAAAUGAGAAGGUCUUUGAGGUCCCUUCCAGCCCAAGCCAUUCCGUGACUCUAUGACUUCAUGUGUCUGUUACCCAGGGGUGAGGUGUGCUGCCUGGCAACGGGAAUUGUGAUGAAAAGGGGUUUGAGCAGAGCAGGCUCCAGUCCUCUGAAGGACACGGAAGGAGGAAGGAGCCUGUUGGCUUCUCACGUUUUUAUUAUUGCUUUUGCUGACCCCUGACAGACCUAGCUGGGCAGGAAGGCUUGUGACCAAGCAGGGACUGACUGUGUGCAGACAUGGCAGCAUCCCUGGACACACUCAGCCUCUCCCAGAUGCUGGAUCUCGCCAUCGGGACGCCCCAGAAGGGGAUAAUUCACUUUGCAGCCAUGAGAAAACUGCUGCAGGCCGUGCUGGAGCACCUGGACGUGCAGUACCUGACCAGCCAGGAGCCGUGGCCGGGCCAGCUCAGUGGCCCCUCACUUGCUGAUGUGGCCACUGAGAUGGAAAAGAUGAAGAAAGACAUGGAAGAUUACAAGAAACACAUGUCCAAGGUUCUUCGUGAGGAGUUUGGUGGGAUAAAGGCAGAACUUUCCCACCUCUCCGAGAACAUGAAGAAGUUCCAGGAGACACAGACCAUGGCUAUGUCUCAGCAUGAGGAAGAAAUUGAAAAGUUAAAGGCUGCCAUGCGUCAUACGGCAGGGGAAAUGAAGAAGGUCCAGAUGUUGCGGGACGAGGUGAAGUGCUGCUGGGAGCAAGUUUUGGGUCUGAGAGAGCAGCCUGGACCCUCGGCCCUGCUGGCUGGAGGCUCAGUACCCUUGGCCCUGCCAGAUGCAUGGACCGUGCUGCCUGCAGAGCCCUGCCAGCCUGGCUGAGCCCGGCCCUGCGCUGUCCCCAGGGCUCCACAAAGCACAGCAGGGCUCAGGGCCUUGCAGGUCCCCACUGACCCUUCCACAGGCUCACUGCCACCACUCCUCUCUCCUAGGACAUGGCUCUCAUGCGGGAUCUCCGGGACGAGAUGGACAGGAUAAAGACAACACAGAUCCUCAUGGAGGGAGACAUAAAGAAGAUUAAGGAGUCACUUGUCUUAAUGAAGAAGCUGGAGGAGGACCUUAAAAAGCUGAGGGAGGAUGCAGCCAAGUGGAAAGAAGAGAGCAAGAAGGAGAUCUCUCAGCAAAUUGAGGCUUUGCGUCAGGACACAAAACGUGAGCUGCAGAAGAUGGGAGAGCAGCAGGAGAGGAGGAAUGCCAUGCUGGAGGAGAUGGUGACUCAGACAGCCGACCAGCUGAACGAGCAGGAUCAGGAGCUGCGCCAGCACAUGGAAGCCAAGUUUCUGCAGAUGCAAAAAGACUACGAGAAACUCAGCUUAGCCUCAGGGAUCCUCCAGAAGGACUCUCAACAAAAGCAGAAAGAAAUCACGAUGCUGUUCCAGUCUCUGGAGAAGCUUCAGAAGGAGAAGGCAAAUGAGCAGGACGUGAUGGCAGCAAUGGACAUGAAGGCGGACAAAGCUGCCUUGGGCAGCAAAGUCGAUUGCACCCAAUUUGAAGAGAACAUGGAAGAGAUGGAUGAGAGGAUGCAGGAGUUGCAGAGCCAGAUUUCGGGCAAGGAGGAGCACUGGAACAAUAUGCAGCGUCAGUUAAGCGAUGCAAUUGAAGAGAAGCUGGAUCGCCUGGAGCUGAAGGCUUUCCGUAAGCACCUGGACGAGGCCUGGAACAGGAACAUGGAGGAACUUGAGAACAGGCUGUUGCGUGAAAACGCUGCUGGGAUUAAGAAGCAGCUGCCAGUCCCUUUCUCGUGCCUGUCCUGUGACCGCAUGCUCACCGUGCAGGUCCCUGGCCAGUACCCCGAGACACUCCCGUAUUUGCCGCCGCUGCCCCCCAGCAAGGAGCCACCGCCCAGCCAAAGGAGGCCGGUGGCCCAUGGCAGUGUCCCCCGUGUGGCACAGAGCUCUGGGGACCAUCAGAGCAGCAGUUUCAAACUGCCCCCCAUUCAGCAUUCUCUUCGGAACAAGGCAUUUCCGCAGGGACCCGUCACCCUCCCCAACAAGGUAGGGGUGAAGAAGGUGGGGACAUGGCAUGUGUAAUGUGGACUGGCAGCGUGAUGCUGAGGAUCCAGGGUGAAUUUGUGCCUUCAGUUUCCUCGGGCAGAGCUGCUUUGGGAGGGCUGCUAGGGAAUGCUGAAUUGGGCCCUGCAUUUCAGCCAACUGCUCUCUCCUUCCCAGCCCAGAGUGAGCCAGCUGCUGGGCAGGGGUGGACACAUCCCGAGGGGCUGCAAUGACCAGCUUCCUGUGCUGACCAGGACACUGGAUGAGCCAGGCCCUGCCACCUCCCGGGACCACCGGCCUGGCACUGCCCCCCGACACGUCUCCAGGGCACCAGGGCUCCUCCUGCCAGCCCAGCCCCGUCACACUUCCACAGCCCUCAAGUAGCCGGACAGGACUGGGAACCCAGUGCUCCACCAGGGACAUCUUCUCAGCAGACAGAGAAGUCUGCCACAAUUGUUGUCUGUUAAAUCAUUUUUCAUUUCAUUAAUAAAAGUCUUCUGAAAGACAA